AUGGCAUCGCCUCAAGAUCUGGAGGCUCCCAUAUCGGAGAAGAAGGUCGCCGUCGUCACGGACCAGUCCGACAACGCGAGCGAGAAGAAUGGCGAGACGGACCUUCUCUCCGUGGAAGCCCGAUACACAGAGGACGAGUUCCAUAAGCUCAAGCGCAAGGUCGACAAGUAUCUCCUCCCGCUCAUGUGGUUCUGCUAUGGCAUCCAACAGGUGGACAAGACCGCCCUCGGCACUCAGGCCAUCUUCGGUCUGCGCGAGGACACAGGGCUGAAGGGACAAGAAUACUCAUGGCUGACGACCAUAUUCUACAUCACAUACAUGUGCUUCGAGUUCCCAAGCAACAUCCUACUCCAGCGUUACAAAAUGGGCCGUACCCUCUCCGUGUAUAUGAUCUGCUGGGGCAUCAUCGUCCUCUGCAUCGGCUUCGCCAAGAACUUCACCCACCUCAUCGUCCUCCGCGCCCUCCAGGGCGCCUUUGAGUGCUGCAUCUCGCCCGGCUUCAUCCUGCUCGUGGGCACCUGGUACAAGACGCAAGAGCACGCCUCGCGGGCGCUCGUGUUCCAGAGCGCCAACGCCGGAUUUGGCGUCAUCGCCUCUCUCAUCAUGUACGGCAUCGGCGCCUCAACGCAGCACAAGGAGGGUGCAGAGCCGUGGCGGUACAUCUCCUACUUCCUGGGCAGUCUCACCACCGCCAUCGGGUGUCUCUGCUUGUUCCUCCUGGGUACACCUUCAGAGGUGAAGUGGCUGAGCGAGGCGGAGAAGGCGAUGGCGAGCGCGCGCAUCAUGUCCAACAACACCGGCCACGACCGCACCGCCAUCAAGGGGUGGAAGUGGAAGCAGGUCCGGGAGUGUUUUGUUGACCCCUGCUUCUGGUUCGCCGGCUUGAACGCCUUCCUCAGCUCCGUGCCCAACGGCGGCCUCACGACCUUUGGCAACAUCAUCAUGACUUCGUUCGGUUUCACCAACCUCCAGACCAUCCUCAUCGACAUCCCCCGUUCUGUCCUGUCCGUUCUCAUCUUCAUCACCGUCGGCCUCGUCACCAGCAGGCGCGCAAACCUCCGUCUCUGGAUCAUGGCCUCGUCGGUGCUCCCGCCCUUUGCCGGCUUCCUCGGCAUGUCCCUUCUCCCCAACGACCCGGCCAUCAAGUGGUCCAAGUGGGGGUGCUACUUCAUCACCGUGCCCUUCGUCCUCGGCCUCUUCCUCGCCUGGUCCCUGAUCCCGAGCAACACGGCCGGCCGCACCAAGCGCACCAUCACGAGCAGCUUCACAUUUGUGGGCUACUGCGUUGGCAACAUGGUCGGCAGCCAGAUCUUCCGCGCAAAGGACGCGCCCAAGUACACGCCCGGCACCAUCGCGUGCGCCAUCUGCUUCGGCCUCGAGUUCACGCUGAUCCUGACGUGGCGUUGGAUUCUGGUGAGGCGGAACAAGAAGAGGGACGCCGACAUGGCCACCGACGGCCUCACGGCCGAGGAGAGGGCGAGGCGGGGAAAGGAGUACGGCGAGCAGGAUUACACCGAUUUUGAGAACCCCUACGUGAGUAGCCCCGUCAACCCCCGUCAGAAAGGCGGACGCUAA